AUUCUUCGCUGGCCUUGGAUGCAUUUGCGCGCAGUUAGGUAUUAGUAUCGUGUUGAAUUCAAUCAGCGGGAGCAUGAACAUGACGUAAGUAUUUUUCUACCCACACACGGAGCUGACUCAACUUGGCCAUUAUAGUGCACUGAACCCGUGAGCAUUACUUUAUCCCUCCCUCCCAAAGACGCUCCAGAACCCCGACACUUCUUCCCCUCCUAGUAAAUACCUCAACAUCCGUAGGGGAGCAUACAUACUUGCACUCCUCGGAUUCGCCUCCAACCCCUGGCAGUAUCUUGCUAACGCCAGUAUCUUCCUCACUGUCUUGUCUGGAUGGGGUGUAUUCAUAUCCCCGUUCGUUGGUAUGAUGCUCGCAGACUAUCAUGUGAUACGACGAUACAAGCUCAAGAUGCAAGACCUUUAUAUUGGCGACGAGAAGUCUAUAUAUUGGUACUGGCAUGGUUUUCACUGGAGACCCUUGGUGGCUUGGGUAAUCGCAGUAUUCCCUACCUUACCGGGACUGAUCAUGUUAGUGCGGGAUCCGACGUUGGACAAUAAUUGGGUAAAGCUUUUCCGAUUGACGUUCUUCCUUGGUUGGGCGAUAUCCUUCGCGACCUAUAUUCUCAUUUGCAAAAUCUCUCCACCAACUUGUCUUGGCAAAGGCGAAGAUAGACACGACGAUUCGAUGGUGUUCGGAUUAAGGGAAGACGAGAUGGAUGCGAGUAGUACUACGGAAUCCGAUGCUAAAACUGGGCUUGUCUGA